UUUUAUAAAAGAAACAGUCGAAUUCCUACUGGAGCCGAUGCGCGCCGGCUCUGUAGACGCCGGUUCAAGGGACUUGAACUGAAUUUCGAUGGGUGAAGACAGUGGGAAGAGGCGGUGGCAUGAUCCUCGUUUUACAGACCAGGAAGUCGAGCCUCACGGGAGUGACGUGGCUUCUCUGCUGGCUCAACGAGGAAAGCGGGAUAGGGAAGACUCAGACGGGCGGGCCCACACAGACUCAGCGGCCAACUCAAGUCAGCCGGUAGAGGGCGCAGGGCUCUGUAAGCGCCAGCUCCGCCGCGGCGUGGCCUUCUGACGCGCCGUCACACUUCCAUCUGUGGCUGCCCAUUGGCCGCCUCUUACCGCCCUUUUCCGGGGCAAGAGUAGCUAGUUGCGGAGCCGGAAAUAAGGCACCCUCGGGCUCGAGACAGCGGCGGCGUUUAAAGGUGGGCGACCUGGUGCCGUUGGAGACAGCCAGCUUCGCCACUCAGGCUCCUCCAGCCCGAGCAGAAGCCCCCCCCCCCCGCAGAACUCUGGGUGCCUACGGAAGGGAGCCCAGCCGGACCGCAAGGUACCCAGAGCCGGCUGAUCCGAGCCACAGAGUGUUGCCAGAAGCCCCGCCCCUAGGAGUGAUCGGGAAGCCUCACUCAUCCGGGUGAGGAACUUGGAGGGACCGCCUCAGGGCGGAGCCCGCCGGCCAUGGCUACGCCCCCGGGGGCCGGUCCUGCAGCUCUGCGCUUCGCCGCCGCCGCUAGCUGGCGGGUAGUGCGCGGCCGCUGUGUGGAGCAUUUUCCGCGAGUACUGGAGUUUCUGCAAUCUCUGCGCGCUGUUGCCCCUGGCUUGGUUCGCUACCGGCACCACGAACGCCUUUGUAUGGGCCUAAAGGCCAAGGUGGUGGUGGAGCUGAUCCUGCAGGGCCGGCCUUGGGCCCAAGUCCUGACUGCCCUGAAUCACCACUUUCCAGAAUCUGGACCUGUAGUGCGGGACCCCAAGGCUACAAAGCAUGAUCUGAGGAAGAUUUUGGAGGCACAGGAAACUUUUUGUCAGCAGGUGAAGCAGCUAUCAGAUGCUCCUGUGGAUUUGGCCUCGAAGCUGCAGGAACUUGAACAAGAGUAUGGGGAACCCUUUCUGGCUGCAAUGGAAAAGCUGCUUUUUGAAUACUUCUGUCAGCUAGAGAAAGCACUGCCUACACCGCAGGCACAGCAGCUUCAGGAUGUGUUGAGUUGGAUGCAGCCUGGAGUCUCUGUCACCUCUUCUCUUGCCUGGAGCCAAUAUGGUGUGGACAUGGGGUGGCCACUUCCAGAGUGCUCUAUUACUGACUCAAUGAACCUGGCUGAGCCCAUGGAACAGAAUCCUCCUCAGCAACAAAGACUAGCACUCCACAAUCCUCUGCCCAAGGCAAAGCCUGGCCCAUAUCUUCCUCAGGGACCAUCUUCAAGGACACACCCAGAACCUCUAGCUGGCCACCACUUCAAUCUGGCCCCUCUAGGCCAGCGAAGAGUACACUCCCAAUGGGUGUCUGCUAGGGGAGGCCAUAAGGAGCGCCCCACAGUCAUGCUGUUUCCCUUUAGGAAUCUGGGCUCAGCAACCCAGCGCGCAUCUAAGCCUGAGAGCAAGGAAGAACAUGCGAUAUGCACAGCAGACCUAGCCAUGAGCACAAGAGCAGCCCCCACUGGGAAGUCUAAGAGUCCAAGCCAUACCCUGAGGGGAAGGGCUCUGAAGGAGAACCCAGUUGACUUGCCUGCCACAGAGCAAAAGGAGAAUUGCUUGGAUUGCUACAUGGACCCCCUAUCAUUAUUACCUCCUAGGGCCAGGAAGCCAGUGUGUACUCCAUCUCUGUGCAGCUCCGUCAUUACCAUAGGGGACUUGGUUUUAGACUCUGAUGAGGAAGAAAAUGGCCAGGGGGAAGGAAAGGUGAGUAGGAAGGAGCAGAAAGCUGGGGAAGUGGAUGGGCAGAACAGGACUAAGAAAUCCACAUGCUUCAGAAUUCAGAGGGCUCAGGCAAUGGUUUCAUUUGGUGGGAUCUGCCUGCUCCCUUCUCUACAGGAGUCUCUGGAAAACUAUCAGAAGACAAAGUUUGACACCCUGAUCCCCACUUUCUAUGAAUAUCUCCCCUCUUCUGGCUACAGUGCCAUGCCUUCCUAUGACUGUAGAGACAGCUGUAAACCCCUGUGAUAGAACUAAAGUGCCCUCUGUAUUCUGCCUGUCUCCUGCCUCCUCAGCUCUGCAAGUAGUUUAGUAGGAAUGAAGUGGAAGUCCAGGCUUGGAUUGCCUGACUAAACUGCUAAAAAUACUUUGUAAUGCUUAAUAAUUAAACUUUGGAUUUGUUAAAA